ACUGAAGUUUCCUAAUGUGUGCUUAUUAUAAUCUUCCGAUCUUUGUAGUGUUGUGAAAAAGUUCAUCAUGGCGGAUGAGGAAUCGAGCCCAAAAAUUACGAUUUUUGUGAAAACUGCGAAAGAAAAAAAGUCUAUUGAAAUAGAAGAAAGUGCUAGUGUAAAAGAGCUCAAAGAAGAAGUUGCUAAGCAGUUCAGCACUACUGUUGAGCAAGUAUGCCUCAUAUUUGCUGGUAAAAUUUUAAAAGAUCAUGAAGAUAUUAAAAGCCAUAACAUCAAAACUGGAUUGACCAUUCAUUUGGUGAUCAGAACUGGAAAUAGGCAACAGUCAAACCAAACGUCACCUCAAAGUCAGGCUAACCCUCCUAGUCCUGGUAAUAUGUUUGGACUUGGAAAUUUCGGAGGACUUCCUGGAAUGAGUGGCUUGAGUAGCUUGGGUGGCUUAGGUGGCUUGGCUGGUUUGACUAACAAUCCUGCAUUUGCUGAUAUGCAACAGAGAAUGCAGAGAGAGCUUAUGAAUAACCCUGAAAUGAUGCGUCAGUUAUUUGACAGUCCUAUUGUUCAGUCCUUAUUUUCUAAUCCUGAAACUCUACGAGACAUGAUAAUGAACCAUCCACAAAUGCAACAGAUCAUGGAGAGAAAUCCUGAAAUAAGUCAUAUUUUUAAUAAUCCUGACCUUUUGAGGCAUACCAUGGAAAUUAUGCGCAAUCCAGCUAUGCUGCAAGAAGUAAUGAGGAAUCAAGACAGGGCUCUAAGCAAUAUAGAAAGUGUUCCUGGUGGCUAUAAUGCCUUAAGACGUAUGUACACUGAAUUACAAGAACCUAUGUACAAUGCAGCGCAAGAGCAAUUCGGAACUAAUCCUUUUGCAUCCCUUGUUAGUGAUAAUGGAGAUUCUACUUCAAGUCAACAAGGAACAGAAAAUAGGGAUCCAUUACCCAAUCCAUGGGCUCCAGGAGGCUCUCAGAGUCCCGGAUCUAAUUCUCGUCCUUCUGCCACACCACCUCCUAAUAUCAUGGGGUCACCUGGGAUACAGAGUAUGUUCCAACAGUUGACCGAUAAUCCUAAUCUAUUGAGUAACCUUAAUACCCCUUUGGUGCAAAACAUGAUGCAGACAUUAUCAGCUAAUCCAGAAUUUACUGCUAGAAUGAUAUCAACCAGUCCUUUAUUGGCUGAUAAUCCUGCUCUUCAGCAACAAAUGCGUACCAUGAUGUCUCAACUUCAGAAUCCAGAAAAUCAAAAUUUGUUGACCAAUCCUGCAGCAAUUCAAGCUAUGAUGCAGAUUCACCAAGGUGUUUCUCAGCUUCAGCAGCUUGCACCUAAUAUAUUUAACUUAACUCAACCAGGAGCAGCAGCAACAAGUCCACCUGCUGGUGGUACUACAACAUCAAGUACCCCGUCUUCUACCACUACUGCAACUACAUCUAGUACUCCUACUACUGGUACUACCACAACAUCAACUACUGGAUCUAAUCCUCCUAGUACAGAUGUACCCAAUUUGAGUAGUUCUGAGGCUUUUACUCAAUUAAUGGCAAAUAUGUUGUCUUCAAUGGCCAUCAGUGAAUCACAACAGCAGCAGCAACAACAACAGCAGCAGCCUCCAGAAGAACGGUAUCGCUCUCAAUUAGAACAACUUGCAAAUAUGGGUUUUGUAAAUCGAGAAGCCAAUUUGCAAGCCCUUAUUACAACAUUUGGGGAUAUCAGUGCAGCAGUAGAGAGGUUGUUGCAAUCCCACCAAUACAACCCAGCAUAAAAAGUAUACAAACAUAAUAUAUAUAUAUAAUUGUGGACUUAGUUAUGCAGACUGCCCAGGACCAACCCCAAGAAUCACAUUAGUGUUUUCUUUUGUUUCUUUUUAAAAUAAAAAAAUGCUGAUUUAAAUUGGUGAAAUGUGAAAAUGUUCUAUUUUCAACUCUUGAAAUUAGUUAUGAAGAAAUUUUGCUUCGAUUUCUCACUCCUUAAGGGAAAAGAAAAGAAUGCUACAACUUUUCAAUUGUACGUUGCUCACUUAAUGUUCUUUCUUGUUGGUGUUAAAAUUAAAAGUUUGCAAGAAGAUAUUUUUAAUUUUCUUAGACACUUUCUCUUUGAAAAACUUCAUCUGCUUAUAAUAUCUAUUUUUAUAGUGUCAUAGGAAACUGUUUAAAAUGUAUGACUUCAUCCUCUUCUAUCCUUUUUAAGUACUUUUUCAUCCAAAGCUUCCCUCUUUAUCACUUAAUAAACAAUUGUUCUUUUUUAAGAAAUUUGGAGAAAAAAGGCCUAGAAUUUUUUUAUUUGCCAUUUUUAGCAGGUGCUGAACUUUUAAUUCAUUUCUGUACUGUAUAGCAAUUUGCUUGUGGGAUUGAAAACACUUUUGUUUUGUUGAUCGUUCAAAGUACUGUUUAUGAAUUAUCUUAAAAAAAUUUUAAUAUAUAUAUUCAUGUAUUGUAAAGCAGAGUGUUAGCAAAUUACGAUAUACUUUUGUUCCUUUGGUGCGUUAUUUCAGCUUCUCCACAUUUCUAAAAUGACUUAGUUGAUAUAUAUUUUUAUGAUUGUUUUCCUAAAUAUUUAUAUGCAAAGAAGAAGAAAAAACUAUAGAAUAUAUAAUUUCCAUUAGCAAAGGAAUAUUCCUCGAAAAACAUAUGAUUUCUUUUAAUGGAAAAGUUAUGUGCAUAUAUGCUUGAAUGUCAUUGACAAUUUUAUAUGAUUAAAACUAUUUGGCAAUUUCUAUAAACUUUUUUGCUUGUUGAAUUCAUUGGAAAUAUAGAGUCGUAACUAGGAUAAGAUCUUGUAUUGUAAACUAAAGCUUCACUUUCAAUUAUGUAAUUUGAGUAAAAUUUGCACAUCUAAUAGUGCAAUUCUAUAAUUUUAGAUUUAAAAAAUCAUUUUAAAAUUAUCGAUUAGAAGUAUGUUUAAUUGUAAAUAUGCUUGUAAUGAGAAUUAUUUUUCUUGUAGUUUCUGGCUCUUCUUUAAGAAAAUAUUCGUACAAAUCAAUGCAUUCAACUUUUUUUUGUAUAGAAUUGUUCUUUUCUCGGUAUAGCCAGUAUAUAUAUUUAGAGAACCAUUUAAUGAUAUGUAUAUUUAUAUAUUUCUGUACAUAUUUGUACUUUUUGUCCCAAGUUACGACUCUUGAUACAGAAAUGAUUUAAAGAUAUUGAUUUGACUUUAGUGGGUUAUAUUUGUUUUAUUAUCCAGUGCAUCUUUUUUUUUUCUUUCUGUAUAUAUACUGAAUGAAUCUGUGUAAUGAGUGGAUGCAGAAAUUUGAUAAAUGGAAGUAAUUGUUUCGAAAUUAUUGCUUGCCAUCGUACAUAAAUUAAAACAUUUUCAUCUUUGA